CUAGAUCUUUAAUUAAAUAUGAUAAUGAUAAGAAUAAUGAUUAUAAGAAUAGUAUCGAUUUUGACAAUAAUAUUGUAUCUGAAGAGGAAGAAAAGGAUCAAAGCAAUCAAGAAGAGGAGGAUCAAA